CUUCAGCCCCUGGAUGAAGCUCUGAAGAAAGCCCUUACAGGUCACCUGGAGGAUGUUGCUUUGGCUCUAUUAAAAACACCAGCCCGGUUUGAUGCUGAUGAACUCCGUGCUGCCAUGAAGGGCCUUGGAACUGAUGAAGACACUCUGAUUGAAAUUUUGACAUCAAGAACUAACAAAGAAAUUAGGGAAAUUAACAGAGUCUAUAGAGAAGAACUGAAGAGAGAUCUGGCUAAAGACAUCACCUCAGACACAUCUGGAGAUUUCCAGAAGGCUUUGCUUUCUCUUGCUAAGGGUGACCGAUCUGAGGAUUUUGGCGUGAAUGAUGACUUGGCUGAUUCAGAUGCCAGGGCUUUAUACGAAGCAGGAGAAAGGAGAAAAGGGACAGAUGUGAACGUGUUCAAUACCAUUCUGACCACCAGAAGCUAUCCUCAUCUGCGCAGAGUGUUUCAGAUGUACACCAAGUACAGUAAGCAUGACAUGAACAAAGUUCUGGACCUGGAGAUGAAGGGGGACGUCGAGAACUGCUUCACAGCUAUUGUGAAGUGUGCGACAAGCAAACCAAUGUUCUUUGCUGAGAAGCUUCAUAACGCCAUGAAGGUAACAUUCUACUUAUAUGCUUUGCUUGGGGGCAAAACUAUUGUUUGUGAAGAGAACAGAAAAGCUCAUACUGCCCCACGAAUUGCAAGAAAUCAUAAUGGAGCUGGAAAAAAUCCAGGAAAAUUUGAAACUUGUAUAUGGCCAUUCAAAUGUAACAGUGCCCCCAGAGAAGAUAAUACACUGGAGAUCUGA